AUGACUCAAGUUCCAGAUCGCAAACAUUCAUCCAUCAAGCUUGCGGAGUACCUCUUCACUCGCUUACACCAACUCGGCAUAGGCGCCAUCCACGGUGUCCCAGGAGACUUCAAUCUCGCACUGCUCGACUACGUCAAACCCGCUGGGCUGCAAUGGGUCGGCAACACCAACGAGCUGAACGCGGGCUACGCCGCGGACGGUUAUGCGCGAAUCAAGGGCAUAGGCGCCCUCAUCACGACGAGCGGUGUUGGAGAGCUCUCGGCCAUCAACGCCGUCGCCGGGGCGUAUGCUGAACGCGCAGCUGUAGUUCAUAUCGUCGGCACGCCUUCGAGGAUCCUGCAGGAGAGCCGGACCCUGAUGCACCACGGCUUCAACGAUGGAAACUAUAGGCGAUUCGCGGAGAUGCAUUCCCACGUCACGAUAGCGCAGGCGGAUCUGAGACACGCGGAGUCGGCGCCGGGUCAGAUUGACGAGGUGUUGAGGCAGUGCCUGGCCCAAAGCCGUCCAGUCUACAUUCAAGUUCCUCAGGACCUUGUUGCUGUCCUGGUUCCGGCCAAUGGGCUCGAGACGCCCAUCCAACUCCCCUACGCCUCACCGACACCGGCUGACGAAGCUGCUUUGACGGCAAUUUCUGACAAGAUUUACGCUGCGAAACAGCCAAUUAUCCUCGUAGAUGGAGAAACUAGGCCACUGGGUAUCAUCGACCAGACUGAGAACUUUGUGAAAGCCACGGGUUGGCCCACUUGGACUACGGCUUUCAGCAAGUCGCUGGUCGACGAGACUUUGCAAAACUAUCACGGUAUCUACUCAGGGAGAUUUGCCGAUCCAGCCGUCAAGACUUUCGUCAACAAGGCAGAUUUGAUUUUGUGCUUCGGCCCUCACUUCAGCUCGACAAAUAGCUAUGCUUUCUCAAGCAUACCCAAGCCGGAAGUGACGAUCCUCUUCAGCGACAAUGUCAAGGUGGCCGAUCAAACAUUCCGUGACAUCACCGUCAGAGCGGUAGUCGCUGCGCUUCUCGAGAGACUAGACACGUCCAAGAUUCACCGGUAUACUCCUUACCCAGAUCUUCCUCAAGAUCACGGCAUUGAAUUCUCUUCAGUGGCUAGUGAGAAGAAAAUAACCCAUUCCAAGUUCUGGCAUCUCACGUCCAGCUUCGUACGUACAGGUGACAUCGUCCUCGGAGAGACGGGAACGGCCGGUCAUGGAUCUCGGGUAUUUUCCUUGCCGCCCCAUACCAGAAUGUUCCUCCCGACAACCUGGCUGUCUAUCGGAUAUAUGCUCCCCGCAGCGCAGGGCGCUGCCCUGGCGCAACGAGAACUCAUCCAGUCAGCCCAAUAUCACAACAUCAAAGAUGCGCGGACAAUUCUCUUCAUCGGAGAUGGCAGUUUCCAGAUGACCGUCCAGGAGAUUUCUACUAUCAUACGCCACCAACUCAACGUGGUCAUCAUACUUCUCAACAACGACGGGUACACCAUUGAGCGAUGUAUACACGGACUGGAUCAGCCAUACAACGACGUUGCCCGGUGGCGCUAUCUGCAGGCGCCCAGUUUCUUUGGAGGCAGCCCAGAGACGUACGCAGCAUCUGCAAAGACAUGGGGCGAGCUCAAGAAAGUAUUGAAUGAUGACGAGCUGAAGGAUGGAAAGGGUCUGCGGAUGGUGGAAGUUUUUAUGGAUAGCGAUGACGCGCCUGCGGGGGCACUUCUUGACUUGCUCGAGAAAGAAAAGAUCAGAAUAUCAGAUGGACACCUGUGA